CGGCCCCGACGACUACCUAGUACGCAACAGGAACGAAAUCAAGGCAAGGACAAUAAUCGCAAGUCGAACACUCGUUUCUUCACAAAGGAUGGAUGGCUUGGCUUGAUGACGAGCACGAUGGCGUUAUCUUCGCACGACUGACGACAGAAUGCCGCCAGGAUUCUGGCUGAUUUGAAAAGAUGCAAUCAGCGACAAACAAACACCAUCCCGUUGACCAUCAAAACCCGCUCAUUCUGCGGCAGACGCUAAAGCGCAGGCUAUUACUGAUACCUGGCCGUGGGCCUUGGCAGGGCAUACUGUCGAUCAGGUUCGAUUCCUCAAAAGCGCUUGCCGUGACUCUGUGCGAGCUAGCACCACCUUCACUUCCAAUUCCAACUUCAAAGCCUACGUUUAACCGCCGCUCAAAUCACGUUGGCCAACGAACUACUUCCUGACGGAGCCGAAGGCCGUACGCACGUUCAGCCUUGGAAUUACUAGCGCUGUCAAAGUCUAUAUAAUACGACAUGGCAAACCCACCACACGGCGGCGUCCUCAAGGACCUGAUUUCCCGCGAUGCCCCUCGCCGAGCCCAGCUUUUUGCUGAGGCCGAAACCCUCCCAGCCAUCGUUCUCCGAGACCGCCAGCUCUGUGAUUUAGAAUUGAUCCUCAAUGGAGGCUUCUCACCUCUUGAGGGUUUCAUGAACGAGAAGGACUACAAUGGCGUUGUGGAGAACAACCGUCUUGCUGACGGCAACCUCUUCUCCAUACCAAUCUGCUUGGACCUGAACAAGAAGGAAAUUGAAGAAUUGGGAGUCAAGCCGGGUGCGCGCCUUACACUGCGCGAUUCUCGUGAUGACCGCAACCUCGGCAUAAUCACUGUGGACGACGUCUACACACCUGACAAGCAGAAGGAAGCCAAGGAAGUCUUUGGUGGUGACCCAGAGCACCCUGCAGUCAAGUUCCUGUUUGACCAGACUGCCGACUUUUACGUGGGCGGCAAGAUCGAGGCCAUCGAUCGUCUUCAGCACUACGACUACGUCGGCCUCCGUUACACGCCUGCUGAGCUCCGCCAGCACUUCGACAAGCUCGGCUGGUCCAGAGUCGUCGCAUUUCAGACCCGAAACCCCAUGCACCGUGCUCACCGCGAGCUCACUGUUCGCGCUGCUCGUGCUCGUCAAGCCAAUGUUCUUAUCCACCCAGUCGUUGGUAUGACCAAGCCAGGUGACAUCGACCACUUCACUCGUGUGCGUGUCUACCAGGCCUUGCUCCCACGUUACCCCAAUGGUAUGGCCGUCCUCGGUCUCCUCCCUCUCGCUAUGCGUAUGGGUGGUCCUCGCGAGGCUAUCUGGCACGCCAUCAUCCGCAAGAACCAUGGUGCCACUCACUUCAUCGUCGGUCGUGAUCACGCUGGUCCAGGCAAGAACAGCAAGGGCGAAGAGUUCUAUGGGCCGUACGAUGCUCAAUAUGCCGUUGAGAAGUACAGGGAUGAGCUUGGAAUCGAGGUAGUGCCAUUCCAGCAGAUGACCUACCUUCCAGACACAGAUGAAUACAAGCCCAAGGAUGAGGUUCCAAAGGAGGUCAAGACACUCGACAUCUCAGGCACAGAACUUCGUCGUCGUCUGCGAACUGGUGGUGAUAUUCCUGAGUGGUUCUCGUACCCAGAGGUCGUCAAGGUCCUUCGGGAAUCUCACCCACCACGCAACAAGCAAGGUUUCACCAUCUUCCUUACCGGAUACACAAACUCUGGUAAGGAUGCCAUCGCUCGUGCGCUGAAUGUUACUCUCAACCAGCAGGGAGGCCGAUCUGUCUCCCUCUUGCUCGGUGAGACUGUUCGCUCGGAGCUCUCCUCCGAGCUUGGAUUUUCUCGCGAGGACCGCGACAAGAACAUCCAACGCAUUGGUUUCGUGGCAUCUGAGCUCACUCGUGCUGGUGCGGCAGUCAUUGCUGCCCCAAUUGCACCAUUCGCACAAUCGCGAAAGGCUGCUCGCGAGAUCGUUGAGAAGCACGGCUCAUUCUACCUGGUGCACGUCGCCACCCCUCUCGAGUACGCAGAGAAGACCGACAAGCGUGGUGUGUACGCCAAGGCUCGCCGUGGCGAGAUCAAGGGUUUUACCGGCGUUGACGACCCAUAUGAGGAGCCAAAGGACAAGGAGGCCGAUCUCACUGUUGACCUUACUAAAGUCAAUGUGAGAACUGCCGUGCACCAGAUCGUGCUCCUGCUUGAGGCUGAGGGUCUGCUUGAUCAAUUGUAGAAUAACGGUUUGGCACUGCACCUACUUGUAUUGCAUUGUGGACUAGACUUUGAGAGCGCAGUCCGGUGGAAAAAAAGGAUACGAAGGAUAGAUAUCAGGUCUCAUAGACAGAGGCGCAUGGGAAUGAAGCAUUUACUGGCACCCUG